ACUGCUUAACACAGGUAGCAAAAGAAUGAGUUCUCUGCGAAAAUUAGAACUUGGAGGUUCUAAUUCCAACUCGACCAACAUCUUACAAUCCCUAAAAUCAUUCUCAUCUCUCGAGUCCCUUGCUUAUAUACAUAGUAAUCUCACAGCUCCGGUCAUCACUUACGCAUUAACAAAUUUGAGCUCAUUGGAGUACCUAUACUUGGAGGGAUCUGCUUUAAAUGACAACUUUCUCUCAAGCAUUGGACAAAUGACUUCUCUUAAAGUGCUGAGUUUGGCUUUUGGCGGCAAUUAUGGCACCCUCCCCAAUCAAGGUUGGUGUGAACUCAAAAAUAUUCAAGAGCUGGCAUUCACUAACAACAAUUUUGAGGGAACACUUCCUUCAUGUCUUGGAAACUUGACAUCACUUAAAUGGUUGGAUUUGGAUGGGAACUACUUCACUGGAAAUAUAGACUCACAUCCAUUUUGGAGGAGACUCGCAUCACUUGAGUACUUGGAUAUUUCAUUUAAUCAAUUUGAAGUUCCACCGUCAUUCAAGCAGUUCGCCAACCAUUCAAAACUGACAUACUUGAAUGUUGGCCAUAAUACAAUAACUAGAGACACCGAAUUUCAGAAUGGGAUCCCAAAUUUCCAGUUGCAGUUUUUUGCUGUUGAGGGAUGUAUAAACCUUCAGAAAUUGCCUUCUUUCCUUCACUACCAGUAUGACUUGAGAGUUCUUGCUAUUGAUGGAAAUCAAUUGCCAGGAAACUUUCAACCUGGUUGUUAGAGAAUAACACCAGACUUGGAGGACUUUAUGCUAGAGAUAAUGCUUUCAUUGGACCGUUGAAGUUGCCAUCAACUUCUCUUCCCCAUCUACAUACUAUUGAUGUUUCUAAUAACAAACUAAAUGGAUAUAUUCCAGCAAACUUUAGUUCAGCCUUCCCAAAUCUUAGUAUUCUGAACAUGUCUCAAAAUUUGUUGGAAGGCCCUAUACCUUCUGGGAUUAGUGGCAUUUCUUUAAAAUAUAUAGACCUAUCUCAUAAUUUCGUCUGGGCGAGUUCCUAAUGAUCUGACUAGUUUUCCAGAAUUGUUCUACCUUCCGCUGUCAAACAACAGGUUGAAAGGGCAAAUAUUUUCGAAGGAUUUCACAUCAGGUACACUAUCUUUUUUGUAUUUGAAUGGCAAUAACUUUGAGGGACCACUACCUAGUAAUAUUUUUCUUAGAGCCUUUAUUGUACUAGAUGCUAGCAACAAUAAUUUCUCUGGAGAGAUUCCGAGAUGGAUUAGAGAUAAUUCAAGAUUAUUACAACUUGAUCUGUCCAAAAAUCAUUUCGAAGGCUCGAUUCCAGUUGAAAUUUGCAAUUUGAAGAGCAUUGUGGUCUUAGCUAUGUCCGAAAAUAGACUUUCAGGCACUAUUCCUUCUUGUGUGAGUAGUUUGCCCCUUGAACACAUCCAUCUACACAAAAAUCAAUUGGGUGGUGGACUUGAAUAUGCACUUUCCAACAUCUCUUCUCUGAUUACAUUGGAUCUUGGCUACAAUAGUUUUACAGGAAGUAUCCCACACACCAUAGGCUCACAUUCCAAUCUGAACUUCCUUCUCCUCAACCAUAACCAAUUGGAAGGAAAUAUCCCAGCUCAGAUUUGUUUGUUGAACAAGUUGUCCAUCAUGGAUUUAUCUUUUAAUAAGAUUUAUGGUUCACUCCUUCCUUGUUGGGUAAACUUAAUACAAACCAAAAGAGAUGGAGAAAUAAGGAGUGUCUAUUUUAUGAGAUCUUCCAAGCAAGCUUGGAUAAAUUUCUUGACCUGGAAAAUUUCAGCAAUGCACUACCAUAAUAGAUAUGGAUUUGUAACUGACUUCAAUAUGAUGAAUGUGGAAACUCAGGCCCAGUUUUCAACUAAAAGAAACUCAUACACUUAUAAGGGAAGCAUUCUAAAAUACAUGUUAGGUAUUGAUCUAUCAAGUAAUAGAUUAACUGGUGAAAUUCCCAUUGAGCUGGGGAAUUUGAGCAAAAUACAUGCGCUGAAUCUAUCACACAACCAUCUCAUUGGAAGAAUUCCAGAAAGUUUCUCAUACUUGCAUGAAGUCGAGAGUUUAGACCUUUCUUACAACAGCUUGAAUGAGAGUAUUCCUGUUGGUCUACUUGAGCUACAUCCUUUGGCAGUGUUCAGCGUGGCAUUCAGUAACUUAUCUGGUAGAGUACCCCGAGUUUAAAGGUCAAUUCGGAACUUUCGACAAAAGCAGCUAUGAGGGAAAUCCAUUUCUUUGUCGUUAUCCAUUAGACAACGAAUGUAGAAGUACUAAAUUGUCAAAUACCUCCAAGAAUGGAAGUGAUGAAUCUGACUUGGAUUCUAUGGAAAGUUUCUACGUCGGCUUUGGCGUGUCUUAUGGAGCAAUCUUGCUGGGAUUAGCUGCAGCACUCUGCUUCAAUCCUUAUUGGAGAAGAGCAUGGUUUAGGCUUGUUGAGGCAUUAUUGAUGCUCACUUCUUACUAUUUUCUCUUAGACAAUGUUGUUAGCCCUCUCAAGAAUUGGUGGUGAAGGAAAGGUAAUUGUUAUUCUCUUAUUGUAUGAACUUUAUUAUUUGCGCUAUGUUGCUACUUUAUCAUCCUCAAUAAAAAUGAUACAUUUCAGACAUUUCUUUUCUCUUAUCUUUCCGUCGUUUUAGAUUAUGAUAAAAUAAUAGGUUACCAUAGGAGUGAAAUAAAUGGAAGAAACUAAGACGAGAGUUUGAAACUUCUUGACUUUUAAAAGUAGGCUUUAUACAGGCACUUCAACAGAGAGUGAAAAAAACCUUUUGAAGUUUUAAGAGACUUUACCUCCUAUUACCACAUUUGAGUGAGAUAAAUUGUCAUCAAUUGAUCUUAUAUAUACUAUGGAAGUUGGAGGAAGGCAGUGAUGACUUCCACUUGUUUUAAGCUUAAAAGUUCAAAUUAUAUGCCCUUCAUUGAACAUGAA